AUGGCAAUGGGAGACAGUGAGCAGGAGGCCAUUGAUGAGCUGAUUGCUUCACUUCCCCAAGAGAAAGUUCUUAAUCUUCCUCCUUGCUGCCUUUUUCAAAACUUUUGCUACCCGAUCUUCGUGCUUCCUAAAUUAGUCGCGUGCCAAAGGCACUUCAAGGCCAAAGACAAGGACAUUGUUGUAGCCUCUACCCCCAAAUCGGGGACCACCUGGCUAAUGGCCAUAGCAUUCUCCAUUGUCAAUCGCUCCCGCUUCGACGUCUCAAACACACCAUUGCUCACUUCAAGCCCCCAUGAACUCGUCCCUCGCUUCGAGUUCGACUUGUUCGGGCAUAACCCGAGAGUCAAUCUUGAUGACAUGGAGGAGCCGAGGCUUUUCGCUACACACGUAGCUUAUCCAAGCUUGCCGAGUGCGUCAAGCGUCGACUGCCGGAUCAUUUACAUCGUCGAAGUCCGUUGGACACCGUGGUUUCCUCUUGGUACUUCUCCCUCGAGAUGGCGCGAUCAGCAGAGUGGCCAGAGUGGUCUUUGGAAGAGCAUUUCGAGAGCUAUUGCCAAGGAGAGCUUGGAGAGACCACACAAGGUGUUGUUCCUCAAGUAUGAGGACUUGAAGGAAGAUAUUGAAGGACAGAUGAAGAAGGUGGCCCAAUUUGUGGGGGGCCCCUUCACUGAGGAGGAAGAGGAGGGAGGUGUGAUUGAAGAGAUAGCCAAAAUGUGCAGCUUGAAGACCCUCCAGAACCUGGAGGUCAAUAAAUCCGGCAAAUUACCUGCUGGUGCUCGGGCAGAGGCGCAGGUAGAGGUGCUGGGUCGUGGCUGCAGCAGGCGUUGGUUCUGUGUCGUGGCCGCUGGCGUCGGGGCCGGCUGCAAGAGCAACGGUGGACGCGCGAGGCAAGGCGCGGGAUCUGCAAGUUGCAGCCAAGGUGGAGGCGCAAUGGCGAAGCGACGAGGCAGCAGCGGCGGGCGUUGGCGCUGGGUUGCAGCUGCUAGCGUCAGCGACUAA